AUGGUCACUUUCAACUCACUUUUCCUGGCGUUCGCCUCCGUGGCCAGUGUUCUCUCUGCUCCCGGAGAGCUGAUGAAGCGCCAGUCAACUCCUUCGUCUACUGGAACAAACAACGGCUACUAUUACUCUUGGUGGACUGACGGUGGAUCUCAAGUUACUUACACCAAUGGUGCAGGUGGACAAUACAGCGUCGUCUGGCAAACUGGUGGUAACUUUGUUGGAGGCAAAGGCUGGAACCCCGGUGGACCGAGAACUAUCACGUAUUCUGGCAGCUACAACCCGAACGGUAACAGUUACCUCGCGAUCUACGGCUGGACUAGGAACCCCCUGAUCGAGUAUUACAUCGUCGAGUCCUUCGGUACUUACAACCCUUCCAGCGGGGCUACCAAGAAGGGUACCGUCACCAGUGAUGGUGGCACCUACGACAUCUACGUUAGCACGCGGACCAACGCCCCUUCCAUCGAUGGCACAAAGACCUUUCAGCAGUAUUGGUCCGUCCGCCAGACUAAACGCGUGGGCGGAACAGUCACGACCGGCAAUCACUUCAAUGCCUGGGCCCAGGUGGGCUUGAACCUCGGCACUCAUGACUACAUGAUCGUUGCCACGGAAGGAUACUUCAGCAGCGGCUCUUCCACAAUCACUGUCGGUGCAUCGGAUGCUGGUGGUGGCGGCACAAGCCCGCCUGUGACUAGCCCUCCGCCCAGCAGCGGCGGUGAUGGAACUUGUGCUGCGAAGUGGGCUCAAUGCGGAGGAUCUGGCUUUACCGGACCGACUUGCUGCCAAUCUGGGUCCACAUGCCAAGCGUCGAACCAGUGGUACUCUCAAUGCCUGUAA